ACAACAAAGCAGACUCCCACACUUAGAUUAGACUAAACUAUUAUACAUUUACCAUGAGUUCAGCGUACACCGCAAUUGAGGCAGACGAGCCCAUCAAUCAAACUCCAUAUUCCCAGCCGCAACAUACCUAUACCACUUCACCACCAGCCAACACCACUCCAGCACCAACAACUGCUCCAGCACAAGGACAACAAACAACUAACAAUGUCCCUGAAACAUGGGUAGAACGGAUAAGACAAUCCUCGCAUCCUAUAGCCUUACUUUUCUACAUGUUUUUCAGAUUGGCUCCAAUUUUUAUAUAUAUCUUUGGGAACUUCUUUAUAGGAUUCUUUACCACGCAAAAUAGAUUUAUAUUGCACUUUAUCACCCUUAUCUUGUUAGUUUCUGCUGAUUUUUGGAACUUGAAAAACAUUUCUGGAAGAUUAUUAGUUGGAUUAAGAUGGUGGAAUGAAACUAAUCCAAUUGAAGGUCAAGUAGGCGAAUUUGAAAAUGUGUGGGUAUUUGAAACUGCUGAUCCAAACAGGUAUAUUAACCCAAUUGAUUCAAAAAUGUUUUGGUUGUUGUUAUAUGGUCAACCAAUUGCAUGGGGCGUUCUUGGAUUAUUGGCCGUGUUGAAAUUCCAAUUUUUGUAUUUGAUGUUGAUUGCAAUUUCAAUCAGUUUGUCAGUGACGAAUGCAUUGGCAUUCACCAAAUGUGAUAAAUUUGGUAAGGCCAAUUCUUUUGCUAACGACCUUUUUUCAAGGGCUACUGGUUCAAUGUUCUCAAGGUUAAAUCCAUUUGGUGGGAGGUAACGAGUAAGUUCUCUUUAUAUAUUUCUAGAAAAUAAACUUAAUCUUCGUCUAAUUUUGUUAACGCCUUCUAUAUGUGGACGGGGGAUAUCGCCUCUCUUUCUAAUUUCAACUUUCGGUGGUCUUGAAAUAGGGCUUGGUGGAUCUUCAAAAAGUCCUAAAAUAUCUUCUUCUGCUGAUUCUUU